AAAGCAUACACAAAACCAUGGCAGAAACGAAAAUCACAACGAUGGAGAUUAAGGUGGUUGACCUAGGAUGCGAAAAAUGCCACAAGAAAAUCAAGAAAGUACUGUGUGCUAUCCCUCAAAUCCAGAACCAGAUAUAUGACAAGAAGGCAAACAAAGUGACAAUCACUGUGGUGUGUUGCUGUCCUGAAAAGAUCAAGAAAGAAAUAUACUGCAAAGGAGGUAAAGCUGUCAAGUGCAUUGAGAUUCCACCUCCAACUCCACCUCCAUCUCCACCUCGUUGUCAAUGUCCACCACCACCAACCCCACCAUGCACAUGUUGUGGAAAAUGCCGCCGAGGCCCAUGUUGUUUUCACUUUUGUAUGCUAACAGUACCUCCAUAUUGUUAUGUACCUUGUAGAAUGUCAGUGUGUGAUGUAUGGGGAGAUGGUUGUUGUAGUUGCCGAAGGGUUACUAUGUGUGCAGAAGUGCAUAUGUUUGUGAAGAGUACUAUACCUCGGCGCCAUGCACAAUCAUGUAAAGGGAAAUCAAGUUCAGAAGACCGAUGGUUUGAGUCAACGUCCAGCAUCAACCGUUGGAUUCAAAUCCAGUGGUCAUGAUGGGCCUUCGUGCUGUUGUGUUCAUAAUAUCAUUCCUUUUGUGCUGCUGCUGUUGUUUUGACCUCUUUCAUCCAAAUGAUGCACGACUUUGUGCCUAGCUAGUAUUUCAAGUCAAUGGUCACAGUUUUCCAUUGUUAAAUGGCUUGUUAUAUGUUUGGUCAGCAAAUAUGGGAGGCUUGACUACCUAGUCUUUGUUUUUUAUGCUCUCUUAUCUUUGUACAGUCCCUUUGCAUGUUUUCUUCCAAAUUGCUAUUAUUUGUUUCAAAAAA